AUGGUACCCGACAAGUCGUGUUUAGUAUGCAAAAAAGCUUCAAAUGGAAUGCAUUUCGGUGCUCUCACCUGUCGAGCAUGCGCCGCUUUCUUCAGAAGAGCUACCGUACUCAAACUGCAAUACAAGUGUAAGCAAGGAAACUCGCAAUGCAAUAUUGAUGGACGUGGAAGAUAUGUUUGUCGUCAAUGUCGUCUGAAAAAGUGCAAAGCUAUCGGAAUGAACGAAGAGAAAGUCCAGCUGGACUAUGAUCCGACGUAUUCUUUCCGUGGUUUGUUGGAAGAUAGUGGAAGUGAAGAAGGUUCGACUCCAACUGGAAGUCCAGCUCAAUCCGAGUACAGUCCAACUAACUUGAGUCGUAAAAACUCAGUGGAGUCACCGGGAAUUGAUCCGUCUUUUCUGUUUACAUUCUCACCGAAAAUUCAGGAUAAACCAAAUAUGAUAAUUGAUUUUAGCAGCUUGGUCAAGAAGGUUGAGACCUGUUUUUCGGUCAAAACUUUGAACGAUGAAUGUGAAUUAGAAGUUUUGACAGCGUCUUUGGAGAAGUUCAGGCAAGGACAAAAAUCUUCAAGCGAUGUCUCGUUUCUGGAGAAAGUUGAUGUGACGACUACUGUAGAAUGGCUGAAUGAAAGAAUUUACAAAUACUCAUGCUGGUUUGCUUCCUCCAAAUCUUUGAUGUCUCUUCCAAUGGACCAGAAAAUGCAAGUAUUCCGAUCAUCGUGGAACGUAGUUCGCACGUUUGAAAGACUAGAAUUAUCGAUCAAAGUUUUUGAGGAAGAUGUCAUUAAAUCCGGGUGUAUGGUACUAACGGAUGAUUGUGCAAUGAAAUGGGACAAAACUUAUGUCGAUCUCGCCUCUAUUACGGAACUUUCAAACCAAUACUUUAACAAAUUAUUUGAACCAUUUAUGUGCCGAUACAUUGAUGAAGUAGCCCGACCCCUUCUAGAAUUAAAGCCAACUACAGAAGAAGUUGUAUUCUGUAUGGUUCAUCUGAUUGGUCUUGAUGACGCCGAGUUCACACCGGAAACUCGAGAAGCAUGUGAGCAAAUGAGAGCUGAAAUUGCAGAUCAAAUGCACACUUACUAUACGAAUCGAACUGAUAUCAAAAUGUACUCUCAUCGCCUUCUGAUCCUCAUGAAACUAGUCAAGUCUAUGAAGAAAAUCUCUCGAGAUAAAUCAAAAAUCAAGGAGCUCAUCUGGCUAUUCGAUGUCUACCAUGCGGAUAUUUCAGAGCCAUACUUCUUCGAAAUGUUCUGA